AUGAGGUACAGGAUGAAGGUGGGAGGAAAACAGAAAAGACAACAAAAGCUACGGAAUGUUCCACAGAUUCCUUGCAUUCGAGUCCCUCACUCUGUCUCUGAUACUUCACUGCUGAAGGACCUAACCCAAGGGCAGCAGCGCUACUUUUACAGCAUCAUGAGGAUUUACAAUCCCAGGGCCCAGUUGGUGGCCCUGCAGACCUGCUAUGUUCACGGCCUUCAGCAACAGCAGCUGCUUGGCUAUAUUACUCAACAGGAGGCCUUGGCUUGUGCUGCCAUACUUAGAGAUUCAACCAAAAGAGCCUCAGCCAAGGCAGGUUGUCAUAGAACCGUCUCCCAGAGAGCCUCAGGCGGGACAAGAACACGGCCCUCAGCACUGCCUGUGUUUGUGGUUCCACUCAGGGCCCAAAGCAUAGGGCUCCGAUCCCUCAGGACCAAGGCUUUGCACAAGCUCUGA